AUGUUUUUCAUACUUUUAUUUGGAGCAUUAAUCGCCUCUUCCAAUCCAGCUGUACACAAUGCUGCGUCCUUUCGGUAUCCAUCCCCAGGAUCUUAUGCAGCUCCAGCACCUGCUCCAACAUUUUACGUAGACUCGAGCUCUGCCAGAGCACAUUAUGAAGAACCAGCACCAGCACCUGCUCCAUCUUCUUACGCUGGCUCCCAAGGAUCUUAUGCAGCGCCAGAGCCAACUGCAACAUUUUACAUAGGCUCAAACUCUGCCAGAACACAUUAUGAAGAACCAGCACCUGCUCCAUCAUCUUACACCUCCUCUGGCUCUUCCCAGGGAUCCUAUGCAGCGCCAGCACCGGCUCCAACAUCUUUCAUAGUCUCGAACUCUGCCAGAGCACAUUAUGAAGAACCAGUACCAGCACCUGCUCCAUCAUCGUACUUAGCCUCUAUCCCCGCCCAUGAAUCUUAUGCAACACCAGAACCUGCUCCGUCACCAUACGCCGCCUCUGGCUCUUCCCACGGACCCUAUGCGGCACCAGUACCUGCUCCAUCUUCUUACAGUGCCUAUGGCUCCUCUCAAGAAUCCCAUGCAGCACCAGCACCUGCUCCAUCACCCUACACUGCCUAUGGCUCUUCCCACGGACCCCAUGCAGCACCAGUACCUCCUCCAUCAUCUUAUGCUGCCUCUGGCUCUUCCCACGGACACCAUGCUCCAUCAACGUACUUAGCUUCAAGCUCCCCCCAUGAAUCUUAUGCAGCACCAGCACCUCCUCCAUCAUCUUACGCUGCCUCUGGCUCUUCCCACGGACCCUAUGCGGCACCAGUACCUGCUCCAUCUUCUUACAGUGCCUAUGGCUCCUCUCAAGGAUCCCAUGCAGCACCAGCACCUGCUCCGACACCCUACGCCGCCUCUGGCUCUUCCCGAGGACCCUAUGCAGCUCUUGCAAGAGAUCCAACAUGCUACGUUGCCUUCGAAAAAGCUCCAGCAUCUCACACUGCGCGCAGCUCUGCUCGAAAAUCUAAAGGAUCGCCAUUUGCACCUUUCUAUUUUUACCUGUAA